CUACACAAAUGAAAGUUAAGUGUCAGAAAGUGAAGGUUCGCCUCAGCUCGCGUCGCGUCACCUCGUGAGCUCCAUAUAACGCUGCUCAGAAAUCAGACGUUCACACAGCUGCAGAGUCAGAGGAGACGAGAUGAGUGCUCAGAGUGAAAUAACCCUGGAGGGCAGACUGGGGGUGCUGCAGUGCCACUUCACCUGGGAUCUGGAGCACGACAGGAAAACACUUUUGAGUAUCAAGGACUGGCUGCAGGACAUUGGCACAGAGGAAGGAUGCAAGUGGCGUGGACACAUUUACAACCUGCAGGGGUACGUCCACUUCAAGCUGGGGUCCAUUGAAGAAGCCAGGAGUUUCUUCAGCAGAGCAGCGGGGACCUUCAGGAAGAUGAGAGGAGCAGAGGAGGGUCCCUGGCUGGUGGUGACCUACGGGAACCAGGCCUGGCUGCAUCACCUUCAGGGAGAACAAGAAGAGAGUCGGGCUUAUCUGUCAAAGAUCGACGGCCUGAUGACUGAGGAUCCAUCGCAGGACGAGCUGCACCCGGAGACCUGCGCUGAAAAGGCCUGGACUCUGAUGAAGUUCAGUGGAGAACAGAAGCUUCUGGCGGCUGAUUACUUCCAGAGAGCCAUCCGGAUGCAGCCGGAUAUGGUGGAGUGGCAGACCAACCAUGUGUUAGCGUUACUGUCCAAACAAAGCACAACAGAGGUCGAGGCAGACAUCAUGGAGAAGCUGAGAAAAGCCAGGGAACAGGAUCCAGAGAACCUGUACCUCGCUGCCAUUUACCUCCUGCAACUUGCUAAGAGAGGACAAAUAGACCAAAGUGGAGCACGUGAGUUAGCCACAAAGCUUCUGAGAAACCCUGUCAGCAGCUACAGUGGAAUCAAACCUUUGAUGUGGUUUUACAGGACCUACACCUCCUUAGACGAGGCUGUGGCUUUGGCAGAAGAAGCUCUAAAGCUACAUCCGGAAGAACGUUAUCUGAAAAGUUGUGUCGCACUCAGCUACAAGUGGAAGCUCUGGGAGAAUUACAGUGACCCAAGUCCGAGCCUGAUAGAGAAAGGCAUCCGUGCCUAUGAGGAUUUGCUUUCUCUUUAUCCUGAUUCCUCAUUUAUGAAGAGAAUAGACCUCGCAAAUUAUUACGCAAUGUCAGAGAACACCAAGACCAAAUCUGAGAAGAUCUUCCAACAGCUGCUCGUAGAGGAUCUGGAACCUGCUGAACAACAAGCCUUCUUCAACAGCUACGCAAAAUAUCUGUACUACACUCAGCGGCAGCCUAAGAUGUCAAUCCAGUAUCACAUGAAGGCGGCGGAGAUACCAAUCAAGUCCUUCUUUCAGGGGAACAGCAUCAAGCUUCUGGAGAAGAUCAGACACAGAGAGUGCAACCAAGAUGUAGACAGGUUUCUGUCCAGGCUGAAAGAAUCUCCGAAAUAAAUCCACCAAUUCAGGGGAAAGUAACUUUAGAAAGUAGAUUUAUAGAUUCAGUUGUUGUGAACACCGUUGAUCACAUUUGAAUUAAGCUUGUAUUCGUACGGAGCCAGAUCACAACACAGUGACUGACAGGGAAAAGUCGUUGAGUUUGUUUUUCAACGUGAGGAAAUGUUUGAGUUUAACGACAUGUAGCUUGAGAAUGUUCUGAUGGUGAUGAUAAUGUAUACGUAUUGAAACGUCUUCAAUCUAAUUUCUAUAUCUGUAGAAUACCUGUUCAAUUGUUUUCAGAGUGGUUGUAAUAUUGAUGUUAAUAAUAGUGAUGCAUAUAUAACAGUAGGUUUCAGGUGUGAAAGAUUCAUACAUUAUUAUUAGAGGAAGACAACAUUGAAACAUAUUCUUAAAAUCCAUAUCCAGUGGAAACUGGCUGCAGUCAUCAUGUGUUGCUGAUGUGGAGGAAAUGUUUGCUUGCUCCUUUAAGAAACAGCUUGUUUGUAAAGUUUACUGAACAGAACAGACUGUGUAUUAAAUUCACUAAUGUUUUGAGUGAGGGAAAUUUAACUCUCUAAAGUGUAUUUCUUAAAUUGAAUGUUAAUUGUUAAUUUGUAGUAUAACCUGAAUAUAUUAACAGGUUUGCAUGCAGUAUUUCAGCUGUACUAAUGCUAUUAAACACUUUGUCUUUAA